AUGAGGGGGCUUCGUGCCCGCUACCACCUCCUGCCCGACCAGGACGAGGAGCUGCCCAUGGAAUGCGGGGAGCUGGCUGGAGAGGGGCAGCCAGGCUGGGAGGGAGCCCCAGCAGCGGCCCCGGCCCUUGAGGAGCCAUGCAGGCUGGUGCUGAGCACGCCGAGCAGCGUCCUGCGGGACGGGGAGAUCCAGGAGCUGGGCCCCCACCUGCCCCCCCGGCUGACGCAGCAGCCCUGGCGCCUGCUGUACUGCACCAGGCGGGACGGCUUCAGCCUGCGGACCCUGUACCGGUGUGGGGGCCAGCCGGGCUCCCCUGCCCUGCUGCUCAUCAGGGACACGGAGGCGCAGGCCUUCGGUGCCUUCUCUGCCAGCACCAUUCACCGCAGCAAUGGCUUCUACGGGACGGGGGAGACCUUCCUCUUCUCCUUCUCCCCGGAGCUGAAGGUGUUCAGGUGGACGGGCAGGAACAACUUCUUCAUGAAAGGCGAUGUAGACCUGCUGAUGAUCGGUGGGGGCAGUGGUAGAUUCGGGCUGUGGCUGGACGGAGACCUGCACCAUGGGGGCAGCCAUCCCUGCGAGACCUUUGACAACGAGAGCCUCUCGCCCCGGGAGGAGUUCUGCGUCCAGGACCUGGAAGUGUGGGGCCUGGCCUGA